CUCUCUAGGGUUUUUCCCCACUUUCGUUACUUCGCUUCGCUUCCCCCACCUGCUCUCGUCUCCAUCACCGUCUCUCUCUCUCUCUCUCUCUCUCAUCGGUCUCCUCCACCUCCGAGGAGAGCCCCUCCCAACCCAAUGGCGGACGCCGACGCGAGGGCCCCGCCCAAAUCGGACCCCGACGCGACGCCGAUCGGCUCGAUCUCCCCCUCAUCCCGCUCCUCCGCCGCCGCCGCGUUCGAGGAGGUGGAGGAGCUGCUCACCGGCCUCGCCGUCGCCGAUCGCGGGGACCUGCUGCUGCUGCCCAAGCCCACCGGCUGGGAGGAUGGCCCCGCGGACGGCGUUGGCGGUGGGGGAGGCGAGGACUCUGGCGAGAAGCUGCCCGGUGAGGUGUCGGCGGCGGAGGCGGAGGGUGGGGGUGGUGGUGGUGGUGCUGCGGCGGAUUCGAGGCCGCGGUUCCCGAGGCGGCCUGGGGAGCCGGACUGCACCUACUAUGUCAAGUUCGGGAGCUGCCGCUUUGGGAUGAAGUGCAAGUUCAAUCACCCGGCGAGGAAGAAGAAGAGUAGGGUGAAAGGUAGUAACGGUGGUAGUGGCAGCGGGAGCAACAGCAGCAGUAAUAAGGCCUCUUCGCCUGAUGAUGAGCAGCAGGCUCCUAAAGAGGAAUAUGGAAGCUAUGUUCCGGAUAUUUCAGUUGAAGCUGAUUCUUUGGUAUUUGCUGACAAGGGGAGUACAUCUAACUCAGAAAACUUUAAGAAAAAAUCGUAUGAGAUUAUUGAUGUGAAGAAGGUAAGAGUGGAGCCAAAGGAACUAAAGGUUGCCAAAGAGAAAAGAAAGGAAUUUAUUUCAGAAGUUAGUUCUCAGGAGGAAUGCAAGUAUUAUUCUACACCUGGAGGAUGCAAGUAUGGGAAAUCUUGUAAAUACCUCCACCGUGCUGGAAAAGAGGGGAAAACAGAUGCUGAAAAGGUUGACCUGAACUUUCUAGGUCUUCCACUUCGUCCAGGGGAAAAGGAGUGUCCCUACUAUAUGCGCACCGGGAGCUGCAAAUAUGCCACUAACUGCAAGUUUCACCAUCCUGAUCCUUCUAAUGUUGGUUCUAAAGAUCCACAGUUGGAGCAUGAUAAUGUGGAUACUCCACAGCAAGAUGUUCAAGGGUCAUCAUCUCAGCCAAAUGCUUCAAUUUGGCCGGAUCAGAGAACAGUGAAUGAGCAUCAUGUUCCUUACUUAGCUCCUUCUCCAUCGUAUGGUGCAGGAAUGCUUCCUCCUCAAGGAAUGUAUCCGCCUCCUGAAUGGAAUGGGUAUCAUCAGGUUCCAUUGAAUCCAUAUUAUCCUCCUGGAGUCCCUUUCCAACAUUUUCCAGCUCCUAUAAAUCAUCCUAUGUACAAGCCAGCAGAAAUACCUGGACAUCAGCAGGCUGCUUCUGAGGAAUACCCGGAGAGACCUGGACAACCUGAAUGCCAGUAUUUUGUGAAGAGUGGUUUUUGCAAAUUUAGGAUGAAGUGCAAAUAUCACCAUCCAAGGUCACCGGUGCCUCUACCAGCAGGAGCUCUUAGCCCUCUUGGCUUGCCUAUAAAACCUGAUCAGCCUGUGUGCACAUACUAUGGUCGGUAUGGGGUCUGCAAAUUCGGUCCAGCUUGCGCAUACAAUCACCCCUUCAAUUUUGGUCCUGUACCUGCAGCAGGGCCUCCUCUCCUCCCUGCUCAAUACCCCACCCCAGGAAACUACACUCUCUGAAGCAGUCACGAGCGAUUUUUCAUCGUCGCCGCGAUGCUUGUAAUAACUUCACUUGUAAGAUAGCGUAGCCGAAAGCUGUACGUGGGGUUCACUCGCUUGACGGUAGAGAGAUCUGGCUUGGAAAUGGCAACGAAGUUGCAUCAAGCUGGGUACAUUGCCGAUGGAAUUCAUGGAAUUAAACAAAACCUGUCAAAACUCCCGUUACAUUGUACAGCAUGUAGCCUCUCCGUAUACAACUGCUGGCGUCCGACUGAGUCCCAUAUUGCAGCUUCAAUUGUUCCAUGACA